AUGCAUUCCACCAUUGAGGCAGAAGAUGAAGAAGAAGAGGAUGAGGAUCUGCAUGAGGAAGACAACCAAAACCACGAUGAUGAAAAUGAACCGCAGCCUGGUAGGUCUGUAGCAGAUCCGUCCUUGAAAAGCGGAUUUCUCGACAAAACACACCCGUCUUCGCGGAUGGCAAGCUUCACCAUGUCCAAUGGGUUCAUUUUCCCACACAAAGAGAAAAGACGGCCUCUAUCUGCUUAUGGGGAACUACUGGAUCCAGCAGAUUGGCCCAUGUUUUCAUUUGACCAACAAAAGACCGAUACUUCCUCGCUCGAAAUUGCAGCCUCCACGUUGUCCCAGAAGCAUCAGCCCAGCUUGGGAGAUCAACUUUCUAUCCUUGGUGUCCUCUCGUCGGAUCCCCUCAAUUCAUUGGGCGCAAAGGAAAACGAAGACGUCAUUUCGGAUCCCUAUUGUCGGCUUGUGAAGGAAUUUCCAUUUUCCACAAGCUCAAAGAUUGAAUGUUCAUUUAAGUGGACUGAUUAUUUCAUCAGGUCCGAUGGAAGGGCCUUGAAGUCCCUCUUAACGCAAUUGAUGCCAAAAAAAUUGAUUUUGUUACAUGGAGGCUCAGAUGAAACGAUUUAUCUUUCACAAUGGUACAAGUUGGCAUUUUCGGACGUCUACAUUGACGAGGGCGACGACCUAUCUACGGCCUCUUCCUCGCCAUCAUCAAAAGAAAUCGUUCUUGCUCUUGUAGAGGGAAAGAGGAUCAAUAUUUCUGAAUUGACCAACAUAUUCCACAUCACGCUUUCCGAGUCUCUGAUCUCGUCGCUCGUGUUCCACUCCAAGGAAAAUGUAGAAAUUGCACGGAUUAAAGGCAAAAUGGCCACCAUGCCAUCGACAAAGGAUGAUGAUGAUGAGGGCACAAAGUACAUAUUGGAGCCGUUGCCGGUUCAUGAAAUUGAGAAAAAGGAUGAUGAUAUUGUGGCACUUCUUUUUUCCAAAUACGAUCCCGUCAUAAAGCCCGCUGACUUUGGAUCGAUUCAAAUAAUUAACGGGAACCUCUCUUUGUUAACACUACGCGCGCAAAUCGCCUCCGUCUUGCCUUAUUUGCGAUGCAUCCUUAACGAGGCCACAUCUACACUGAUGGUCCACAGGGGUUCAGCGUCGAUUGCUGAGAUUUCCAAAAAUCCCAGGGGCGAGCUCAACAUUUUUGGAGACCUUUCGCCCGACUAUUUGCAUCUGAAAAGGCUGGUCUCCCAAACCACACUUAAAUUGUAA